GAAGGGAAAACGAGGAGUAAUAUCACUCGAGUACAUCAAGAGUUGUUGUAAACGUGAAAAAUAAUCAAAAACAAUUAAAGCAUCAUCCACCGGUCAUCUACCAAUUCCUUUCCCUUCCCCCCCAAUUUGUUUCUCAUUUCUAGGGUUUAUAAACAUUCUCAGAUCAGCUCACUUUCAUAUAUAAAUAUAAAUAUUAUAUUAAAUCAUUCAAAUUGUACAACCCACUGAGCCACAUAAUAAUAAUAAUAAUAAUAAUAAGCAGCAGCAGCUGGUUUUAACAAUAAAUAAAAGAAAUAUGACAAUUGGAGACGCAUUAAGACAGGCAUUUAUGAACAAUAAACACGAAUACGACAGUCUACAAGAUAAAUCACUAAUUUUGAAUAAUAAUAAGAUACAAAGACUUUGUAUCAUUGUUUUUACAGUGAUGAUUGCAUUUUCAAUAUUAGUUUCAACAAUUAUCAGUUUGAAAAUAGUGUUUCCGGCUGAUCCCGGAAGACGGCCGUUUUGUAAAGAUUUAAGGAUAUUACAACAGCAACAGCUGCCUGUUCUUUCUAUUCAUAGUAAUUUUAGGGAUGUUGAAGGUGGGGCUUUUUCGCUUACCGAUCAAGAGACUGUUGAUUAUUAUUGGAUGGUUGUUUUUCUUCCUUCUGCUACUAUUUUCGUGUUUUCCGCUCUUUAUUUGUUUGCAGGAAUUGCUGUAUCUUAUACUGCUCCAGUGAGACAUGGGUGCCUCAAGGUGGUUGAGAAUAACUACUGUGCUUCUAAAAGAGGAGGAGUUCGUUGUCUAUCCAUUCUAAACCUUGUGUUUGCCAUCAUAUUUGGUCUUCUUGCAUUAUUCCUGGGUUCAACGCUCCUGACACUUGGGAGUAAGUGCUCCAUACCCUUGUUUUGGUGCUAUGAGAUCUCAUUAUGGGGACUAGUUAUUCUGUAUGGUGGGACCGCCUUCCAUCUCAGAAGGAAAGCAGCCUCAAUCCUUGACGGGAGUGACUUUGUAGCACGUAAUCUGGGAUUGGAAAUGUUGGAAGCUAAUCCUGCAGAAUUUACACCAGAUGUGGAAAGACGAGUAAAUGAAGGGUUUAGAUCUUGGAUGGGGUCAUCGUAUCUGUCGUCUGACGAUGAUGAAGAAGAAGAGAUUGAUCCGAAUUCUUAUCAGGAAGUUCAGCAUUUGUCUCGUACUAAUUCAAGCAGGCAAAAAAUGUGAAGUUUGACUUUGGCUGUACCUUCAGAACUCUCGCAAAUCACCCUAUACAAGAAAUAUUGAUGAGACAUGGUUCAAAUGAAUGUUGCCAAGGAAGGAAAGGAGUAAAGCAUCAUUGUAGGUGAAAUUAGAUAGUCUUGUAGAGUUAUACAAACUUUUAUUAUGACCAAUCAAUUUCAUUUACCACUUAUGCUAAUUGGCAUUUGCUAA